AUGAUGCCAACAUAUGCCUCAAUCCAUGGCAAAUUGCUGGGAGGUGGCGUCGCGUUUGCUCUUGUGGCAGAUUGGCGUGCUUGCAGUAGGAAAACAACGCUCAAUUUUGGUAAUUUGCCGCGCGGCGUGAAUCCUCUUUUCAUGCUUAGCCGUGCGUUAUUUGAGACUCUACUGCUGCAAGUCAGCAUUUGUGUUGCUGCAGUGCUCGGGACUCAGGUAGCUUGCGACACACCGUUGAUGGCCGCCGGUGUCGAUUCCUUGGGUGCAACAGAGUUGCAGCGGGCACUGAGCAGAGAGUUUAGCGCCGUACUCUCGGCCACUCUUCUCUUUGAUCAUCCUUUGAUCGCAGGGAUAGCUCACUAUGUUGGCCAGGAAAUCCAGGCGGCAUCGCUGCAUAUGGGCGAAGCUGCUUGUUUCAAGAUGAAGAUGUGUCAAGCGCGAACAAUGGUGGCUAUGUGCGUCGCAAAGGACCCGCAAUUUGUUGUGGUUCUUCAAGGGGCAGACUCGGUACUAAGACUGCAAAAGGGCAUGCUUUCUGAGCGGGGUCGAUGCCACUCGUUUGAUGCCAGAGGAGACGGGUACUGUCGUGGAGAGGGGUCUGUUUCCAUCUGGUUGACUGUGGAUAACAAUCCAGGGGCUAGUCCAGUAUUCAUCUUUCGUGUCAUCCUUACCGACGCCCGACAUGAGCACAUUAAACAAUGUUUCUGUCCAUGCCGGGCGUUGGGGAGACCAUUUACCAGGAAAAUAGCCCUCUUCAACAUCAUGAUUCCAGAGUGUUCGCUCUCGGUGUCUUGA